AUGAACAUGGAGAUUAAUAAUACUUGUCCUUCAACAACUAUUUACAAACACUGUUCAACAUCACGACGAUUUCUUGUGGGUGUAUUACUUGUUUUUCUUUUAUUUGUUGUGACAGGCAUCAUAUUAAUAGUGCUUGCUAGUAUAAAACCGUGUCUUUUUGUAAGAUGCCAUUCGAGAGCAUCACUUUGCAUCAAUCGCUCACCAUUCAAAGGGCAAUGCAUUUGCGACUCUUAUUCAGCUGGUAAUGGUCGAACAGUCUGUGAUGACUGCGGUCUUGUAUAUACUCGGCCAAACGCGCGUAUUAUUGGUGGCGUAGACGCAGAUGCACACAGUUGGCCAUUUGCUGUUCUCAUUCAACAACGCUACAAAAGAACGGUGACAGUUGAUGACGAUACUUUUCUGGUAUCAACAACAUGGAUGUGUGGAGGAACCUUAAUCAAUCAUCAAACAGUUGUAACUGCAGCACAUUGUUUGAAAACCGCUGGGGAUACUUUCAAUUAUCGAUCCUUUGUGUUUCCAAUUGUCUGGAAUAAAUAUUACUCAAAUAUUGAAAGUACGAUCGAAGUGAGCGUUGGUUUACAUGAUCGACGAAAGAAACCUGGACGACGUACUAUUAAAGUUCAAGAAGUGAUUAUCCAUCCAUCGUACAGUCAGCAGAACCUUUUCAAUGACAUUGCUAUUGUCAAAUUAGAAGAGUACAUUCAACCAUCAGUGAAUGUUCAAUUCGUUUGUUUACCCUAUUUGUUGUCUAAUAUCAAUGUUAGUGGAAUCGUUGUCGGUUUUGGCGAUACAGUUCCUGGUGCCAAUCAAGGCUCAUUGACUUUGAAACAAGUGAAUUUGACGAUAUAUCCAAAUGAUUUCUGUGACAAUGUUUCGCCUUUGACAACGAAAAAUUGGACCACACAGAUAUGCUGUGGCGAUUUGAAUGGAGAGCGUGAUGCUUGUCAAGGUGAUAGUGGUGGGGGUUUGUUUGUUCAGCAGAAUUUGUCCAGUGUACUUCGGUAUACGAUUCAUGGAAUUGUUUCCUAUGGUGAACAAUGUGCUAGUCCCAUGAAACCAGGUAUUUACACACGUGUGUCAAGUUAUUUACAAUGGAUUCAAGAGAACAGUAACUUUUGA